AUGUCAUCCAAGAACGACAAACUGGUGCACAACUUGUCGUCAAAGGAGCUGACGGAGGAACAAAUGCAGGUUUUGCGGCAUGAGGCCUCAUUCAACACAGCCGAUGCCAAACCUGCCAACAUAAUUGCAGCAGUGGAAUCAAUCCUCAGCCAGACGGGAGCGACUGACGAAACGAAGAACCUCAUUCGACACCAAGUGUCCUCCCUCCUCAUUGCUCACAGGCAGCGCAACGUGCUGUCCAAGGUCGAGCGUGAUGCACUUAAAAAAACUCAGGGCCGACAACGACCUAGUUAUCGUGCCUGCGGACAAGGGGCGUUCAACAGUCGUAUUGGACAGGACAGACUACAAUCAAAAAGCGAAAAGCUUGUUGGAGGAUCGUCAGUCCUAUGUCCCCAUGCGAAUCAACCCCAUAAAAACGUCGACACGCGAGAUAAAUGUGACGCUGUUGGCAAUGGACUAUUCAGGUGCAAUAUCGCCAAUCGACCGACGCAUGGUGAGAGCACAAGAAACGGCCCUAGCCCUAUUCUACGGUCUCCCAAAAGUGUACAAAGAGGGCGCUCCUCUCCGGCAUAUCGUAUCAUUAAAGGGCACUCCAACCUAAGUGGCUGUUCCAACGUCUCAAGUUUCUGACCUCCGACUCGAACACUACAGUCAGCUUGUCAACGCAAUUCUUGGAGAAACUUAAAGGAGUAAGUCUCCUGCCAAGCGAUAUCAUGGUUUCCUUUGAUGUCACGUCCCUUUUUACUUCUAUCCCGCAGGACCUGGCAGUCGAGACAAUCGAACUACUCCUACGAGAGAAGUACGACGAAACGGAGAAUCGCCUCGGACACGCCCAAAUCAUCCAGCUCCUGAAGAUCUGUCUCAAGACGUACUUUACAUUCAACGGAACAAUCUACGAGCAGGUGAAGGGAACGCCAAUGGGUUCGCCGAUUUCGGGACUCAUAGCCGAGGCGGUCCUACAACGGCUGGCGUCGCUGGUUUUCCGACACCACAGACCGAAAUUUUGUGCUCGAUAUGUGGAUGACACCUUUGUCGUCAUCGAACGAUAUGAGGUGCUGACGUUCAAAGAACCACUCAACGCCGUCUUCCCGGACAUUCAAUUUACGAUGGAGGAGGAGGAAAACAAUCAGCUGGCCUUCCUGGAUGACCUCGUCUGCCGCAAACAUUGUGGUGGCCUAAAAACCAAAGUGUUCAGGAAAGCGACAAAUACGACGCAAAUACUGAACUUCAAUAGAAACCACCCGAUCAGUCACAAACGCGUUGAGACGCACUGCAGUGAAAUGGAAGACAAGGUUGCUGAAUUACAAUAUCUUCGACGGGUAAUGAGAGCCAAUGGCUACCCGCGCAACUUUGUUAACCAGUGCUUACAAAAAGGACACCAGAGACCAAAUCCAACUGUUCCCAAAUUUUGA